AUGCUGAAAAGACGCGCAUGGAAAAGGAGGCCAAAUUACUACAAACUCGCGCGGGCUUCAAAAAUAAACAGGACCGGGGGGGGGCAAAUCGUAUGUCGUCCUCCAUCGGGGAGGCUGCGGACGACUUGUGGUUCGACACGCUACUGGAAAUGUACGCAUCUCACGAAGAGAGCAGCAACGCAGCCGCGGAGUGGCGUAAGGCGGUCUUUGAGUUUGAGGAUGCUGCGUUUAACAUCCUGGCGCAGCAGCGAUCUCGCUGGGCGAAGAUGGAGCACGUCAUCAAUGCAGCAAAGGCAAGGAAGCUCUUGGAG